AUGACGGACCCCCGCCCAUAUCACAUUUUGAGCUAUGGCACCCUUCUCGGAACCCAGUUCUACCAAUCAUUUGUCGGAGGAUUCGUCGCGUUCCGUGCACUCCCGCGGCCUCAGUUUGCGAGUCUCCAGACCGCCAUCUUCCCCAUCUACUUCUCGCUGCAGACUGCACUGCCAGUAGUGGUUGCUCUGACCGCCUCCCGCGGCGGACAAGCCCUUGGCCUCUCUGGUCUUGUGGCGCCUGAGAACCGCCUCAACACUCUCUUGCCUAUGGCAACUGUGGCAGUGACUGGCUUGGUGAACAUGUUUGUUCUGCGUCCCAUCACCGUCAACGUGAUGCGCGAGCGUAAGCACCAAGAAACUCGCGAUGGCAAGCGAAGCUAUGACCCGGCCCCCCACUCCAAGGAGAUGCUGGCCUUGAACAAGAAGUUCGGCCGUGUGCAUGGCAUUUCCAGCUUGGUUAACCUCCUCAGCUUGGUUGCUACUGUUUGGUAUGGCGCUGUUCUCAGCAAGCGACUCGAGUAG